AAGCGUCUUGGUCACGUUGAUUAUUUUCUUCUUUCACGUGGUGGUGGAUGUCAAUUUGUAAUAUUUUGUUGUUUAAUGUCAAUCGCAGUGAAAAAUCAUGAACAAAUUACCAAAUAAUUUACCACAGCUACAAAAUUUAAUCAAGAGAGACCCACUUUCAUACCAAGAUGAGUUCUUACAACAGUAUCGUCACUAUGAAUCAAAUCUCCAGAUAUUUCAACUGAAGCCAUCAACAUACUCCAAGACUCUUGAAGAGCUUGUAUUAUUUGUUGCACAGGUAGCACCUUGUUAUCCAGAGGAGGCAGCUCCAUUCCCAGAACAUCUGAGGGACUUGCUGACACAUCAUGGCGAUGCACUGGAUAGAAGCAUGAGAAUGACAUUUUGCAAGGCCCUGAUUUUGCUGAGAAACAAGAACAUGGUACAAGCUAACAGCAUCCUGGAGUUGUUUUUCAAGCUGUUCCGUUGUCAGGACAAGCUUUUAAGGAAGACAUUAUAUACCUACAUUGUCACUGAUAUAAAAAAUGUCAACAUGAAACAUAAGAAUGCCAAACUGAACUCGACACUUCAGGGAUUUAUGUAUACCAUGAUGAAGGACAACAACCCUGUAGCUGCAAAGAUGUCAUUGGAUGUAAUGAUUGAACUCUAUCGCCGAAACAUCUGGAAUGAUGCAAAAACUGUGAAUGUUAUUGCUACAGGUUGUUUCUCAAAAGUCACAAAGAUUCUGGUAGCUGCUCUGAAGUUUUUCCUUGGCCAUGAAGAUGGAGAGAAGGAUGAAUCGGACAGUGAAGAGGAUGAGCCUCCAAAGACGGAGAAAUCACUCAGACUGUCACACAGGGUCGGCAAACACACCAAGAAGAGACAGAAAAAGCUGGACCGAGCCCUGCAAGCUCUGAAAAAACACAAGAAGAAAAAGAAAACCGCAGAAGUAUUCAACAACUCUGCCUUGCAUCUUCUCCACGAUCCACAAGAUAUGUGUGAAAAGUUGUUCAGUCAGUUGGAAAAGACAACAGAGAGGUUUGAGGUGAAGCUGAUGAUGAUGGACUUGGCCUCCAGGUUAAUUGGAAUACACCAGCUGUCUGUGAUGAACUUUUAUCCAUUUGUACAGCGCUUUUUGCAGCCACACCAGAGAGAAGUGACGAAAAUUCUUUUAUUUGCUGCCCAGUCCAGUCAUGAGUUAGUUCCCCCUGAUGUUAUUGAAGGUGUAUUAAGAACCAUUUCCAAUAAUUUCAUCACAGAUAGAAAUGCGGGAGAGGUGAUGGCAGUAGGGAUGAAUGCAGUUAAAGAGAUAUGUGCACGAUGUCCUUUAGCCAUGUCCACAGAUCUGCUCGGUGAUUUAGUUCAGUAUAAAUCUCACAAAGAUAAAGGUGUGAUGAUGAGUGCCAGGGCCUUGUUACAGCUGUACAGAAAAGUCAACCCUGACCUUCUCAAUAGGAAGGACAAGGGACGACCAACAGAAGCCAUGGCAGAGACAGAACCUCUAGUGUAUGGGGGACAAGUUGCCAAGGACUUCAUCCCAGGAGCAGAAAUCCUACCAGAGGAGGCUGAACCAAAAGAGGAGAAGGAGAAAAAUGAUUGGGAGUCCUGUAGUGAUGAGUCAGAUGAGGAGGGAGAAUGGAUAGAUGUGCAUCAUUCAUCAGAUGAAGAAGCAAAAGAGGAUGAACCACAGAUCAGCAAAGAAGAAAGACUAAAGAAGGCACAGACUGUGUCCAGUAAUCGUAUUCUGACAGCAGAGGAAUUUGAGCAGAUUCAGAAGAGACAAGCACUAAAGGAGGUUGAAGGAAGACACGGGAAGAGGAAAAGGGAAGGGGGUCAGGAGGAGGAGGGUGGAGGAUUGCUGACGCUCUCUACAAUAGAAAAUGUUCACAAAAAAAGGGCACAUGACAAGGAAAGUCGAUUAUCAACAGUAAUGGCUGGAAGAGAAGGAAGGGAAAAGUUUGGGAAAAAUCAUGAAAAAAUGAAUCCGCAUGCUAGCAGUACCAACAAAGACAAGCGUAGAAAUAAGGCAUUUAUGAUGAUAAAGCACAAGGUGCAGAGGAAAAAAAUCAAGAGAUCUUUUCGUGACAAACAGAUAGCUCUACGGAACUCAUUACUAAAGAGACAGAAAGCAAAGAGAUAGCUAUUGUAUUGUUCAUAUGAAACAACAUUUGUUAUAUACACUUAAAUGUUAUUAAUGAACAUCUGUUAUAUCAAAUAAAUAAUCAAAUUUUG